AUGUUCUCCAGAAUGUCUCCAUUUGUGUUCUAUGAGCAAAGAAUCAGCAUUAACCGUGGACUACUGUCUCUGGGGAAUGUGAUCAGUGCACUUGGUGAUGAAAGCAAGAAGGGGACCUUUGUGCCAUACAGGGAUUCCAAACUGACACGCCUCUUACAGGACUCUCUCGGAGGAAACAGCCACACCUUGAUGAUUGCAUGUGUUAGUCCAGCAGACUCCAACAUAGAGGAGACCAUCAAUACGUUGCGCUAUGCUGACCGUGCCCGUAAAAUUAAGAAUAAGCCCAUUCUCAAUGUUGACCCACGUGCAGUAGAAAUGAAGCGACUCAAACAGCAGGUUCAAGAGCUUCAGGUGAUGCUCCUGCAUGCCCGUGGAGGUGUUGCACCUGUGCUGACAGGGUCUGAGCCAGCAGAAAAUGUGUCACACAUCCUGGAGCAGAAUCGCUGUCUGCAAGAUGAAAACAGCAAGCUGAUCCGAGAAUUGAGUGAGGCUGUUGGACAGACGGCUCUUAUGUUUGAAAGGAUCAUCAUGAUGGAGCAGACAAAUGAGAAACUGCAAAGCAAACUGGAGGAGUUGAGGCAGCAUGCAGCGUGUAAGGUGGACCUACAGAAGAUGGUGGAAACCCUGGAAGACCAGGAACUGAAGGAGAAUAUGGAGGUGAUCCAGAGCCUUCAACAGCUUAUUCUAGAACUGCAGAAUGAGAGUGCGGGGAUUACUGCAACCAUUGAUGGGAUGACUUCAGGCAAUACUUCAGCUCUGGAGGUACACACAGGGUGUUCUGCUACUGGCCCGCCAGUGGAAAUCAGUGCUGAUCCUCAAGCCAAAGACUCUCCUGAAGCCUACACAGCCCAGCAUGCACUGCGACAGGCUCAGAUGUCGAAGGAACUGAUUGAGCUCAAUAAAGUUUUGGCGCUAAAAGAGGCUUUUGUCAAGAUGUGUCAGAAUGAUAGUCAUUUGGAGCCCAUGCAAACAGAAUAUCAGGAGAAUAUUCAAAGUCUGCAGGCUUCGGUUGGCUCUCUGCAGAAAGAGAAGGAAGAUCUCAUCCAGGCCCUGCAGUCUGCUAAGAAGGACACCAAUCAAGCCAAACUGAGUGAACAACGCAGGAAGAGACUUCAGGAGCUGGAAGGACAAAUCACUGAGUUAAAGAAGAAACUUCAAGAUCAAUCUAAGCUGCUUAAGCUCAAAGAGUCGUCUGUGCGCAAUGUAGCUAAACUCAACCAGGAGAUUCAGGCUAUGAAGUCCCAGCGGGUGCAGCUCAUGAGACAGAUGAAAGAAGACUCUGAGAAGUUUCGUUUGUGGAAGCAAAAGAAAGAUAAAGAAGUCCUGCAGCUCAAAGAGAAAGAUCGUAAACGACAGUAUGAGAUGCUAAAACUGGAGAGGGACUUCCAGAAACAGGCCAGUGUACUCUGCCACAAGACAGAGGAGGCUGCUGCUGCUAACAAGCGUCUGAAAGAUGCUCUUCAGAAGAGGAGUGAAGUUGCAGAGAAACGCAAAGAAGUUCAAAACCGUGAAGCAGAGGGUGUUAGCAGUAGAAUCAAGAAUUGGUUGCUGAAUGAAGUAGAAGUGCUUGUGAGCACAGAAGAGGCUGGCCGACAUCUACAGGACCUGCUGGAGGACAGGAAGAUGCUAGCGGAGGAGAUUUCUCAGCUUCGCCAGCAGAUGGAGGCAGGAGAGAGACCUGUAGCCAAAGUCCGGCGUCGUACACUGACGAUUUCAGAGUUGGAAGGCCAGGGUGAGCUGGAGGCCUCUAUCAGCAAGCAAGUGGAGAGUCUAGAGACAGAGAUGGGGCUCAGGAGUGCUCAGAUAGCUGACCUGCAACAGAAGGUCCUGGAUGCGGAUAAUGAGGGACGAAUAAAGCAGCGCUGGGAUUCUAUCACAACCAUAGUAGAGGCCAAGAGCGCCCUGAAGAUUCUCAUGGCUGAGGUUGUAGCCUCCAAGGCGGCUAAUGCCAAGCUGGAGAGUGAGCUGAAGCAGGAAAAGGCCAAUCUGCUGGAUAUGCAGAAGAUAUUGUGUGAUGAGCGCAAGCUCAUGUCUGCCAUGGAUAUGGAACAUCAGAGUCAACUGGUAGAAAUGGAGCAGCGACACCAGGAGAAGGUGCUGUAUCUCCUUGGUCAACUCCAGAGUAAUCAUGUGGCACAGGAGAAACUGAAGGAGCAGCAGGAGGAGGUGUCUAAACGGGAGCACGAGCAAAUGCAGCGUCUAAAGUUUCAGGAAGAUGACAUUGAAAAACUGCGAGAACUUAAUGAUCAGAACCAGAAACUCAAAGAUGAAAAUGAACAGUACAAACAGAAAUUACUUCUGGCCCAGCUGACGAGUGCAAAGAAAGUCCUCUCUUCUGUGAAUGAGUCACCUGAUACAUCUUUUGAAUAUGUUCCACCUAAGCCCAAAGCCAAAAUCUACUCCACUGCGCGGGCACGUCUGCAAGAGCCUAUAGAUCUUGAUGAACUCAUCUCUCCGUCAGAGUCUGAGAAAGAAGAGGACGAGUGGCAUCCAGAGAAAAAUGACAGAGCACGGCGAGGCUCUAAGAAGUCGAAAAUGAACGGCUGUGCAUGUCGGGGCCGCUGUAUUAACAAGCUUUGUCGAUGCCGCAAGGGAAAAAUUACCUGUGGGGAAAACUGUCUCUGUGACCAUGAGAAAUGUCGCAACAUGGAGAACCGUAGCAAUGUGGAUCAGACUGAAAUAAGUGAUUUGUCUAAGGACUCUGCUGCAGUUCCUGAGGACCCUACAGCAGUCAGCCCACGAGAUGCUACUUUUUUUAGACCCCCUAGUGUUCCACCUACUAAGAAGGAGAUUGGAGACAUGGGGCACCUGCCUGCAAAUCUGAAGCUUGAAAAGAAACCAGUCCCUGCCGACAACGAGAGUGACAGUGAUGACUCUGAAGUGAUGAGCAGCACUUCCAGCUUUCUCCGGAGUAAAAAGAGAGGUCUAAAUAACUUCAAAAACAGCUUUUUCUCUGGUUGCACCCCCAUCCGUGAAGAGCAUUAGCAUUAAAGUAGUAAAAUGUGCUAACUUGUCUUGUUGUUGCUUUUGUUUUUUUCAUAUGGUUUAAAUGUAUACAUUUGUUUAAAUUAGUAAUUGUAAACUAGGUUUGUGGAAUCUGCCAUUCAUUUGUAAUAAUGGUUAAUGCACUAACAAUAUGAACUGCUCAUGCCAUGGGUUAUUUUAUAGUCUUUUAAGGAGUUUGUCUGUAUGACAUUUGAAAG